AGGCAAAGCAGCACCUUGUGGCCCCGUGAUGUCACCCAGGUCCCCGUGCUCGUGUAAACGGGGCUGGAGUGGGGCAGAGGGACUCGGCACUUCCUCCUGAGCCGGGCUGCGCUGAGCUGGGCUCUGCCUGCAAGGAAUGACCCACCUGCCUCACACCACCACAGACACUUCCAGCAGCCCAGUCAUGAUCCAGAGCAACCAGUCCUGCUCCAGUGACAACAUCACGUUCAAGUCCACCCUGUACGCCACCACCUACACCCUCAUCUUCAUCCCCGGGCUCCUGGCCAACAGCGCUGCCCUGUGGGUCCUGUGCCGCUUCAUCAGCAGGAAGAGCAAAGCCAUCAUCUUCAUGAUCAACCUGGCCGUGGCUGACCUGGCCCACGUGCUCUCGCUGCCCCUGAGAAUAUACUACUACAUCAACCACACCUGGCCUUUUGGGAGCUUCCUCUGCCUGCUGUGCUUCUACCUGAAGUACCUCAACAUGUACGCCAGCAUCUGCUUCCUCACCUGCAUCAGCAUCCAGCGCUACUUCUUCCUGUACCAGCCCUUCAGGGCCAAGGACUGGAAGCGGCGCUACGACGUGGCCAUCAGCGCCGUGGUCUGGCUGUUCGUGGGGGUGGCCUGCCUGCCCUUCCCCAUCAUGAGGGGCUACGGGCUGGCCAACAACAGCCACACCUGCUUCGCCGACCUCCAGGUGCUGCCCCUAAAAAGCAGCGUGACCACGGUGCUGAUGACGGGCAUGGCCGAGCUCUUCGGCUUCGUGGGCCCACUCGUCAUCAUCUUGUUCUGCACCUGGAAGACAAAGAACUCUCUCCGGGGCUUCCACGUCCCACAGGAGAACAGCGGCGAGAGGCGCAAGGCCCAGAGGAUGGUUUCCAUGUGUGCUGUGGUGUUCUGCGUGUGUUUUGCCCCCUACCACAUCAACUUCUUCUUCUACAUGUUGGUGAAAGAGAACGUCAUCACCGACUGCUUCCUGAGCACCAUCACGCUCUACACACAACCCUUCUGCUUGAGCCUCGCCAGCCUGGACUGCUGCCUGGAUCCCAUCAUCUAUUUCUUCAUGACUUCAGAGUUCCAGGACCAGAUAACCAGGCACAGCAGCAUGGUCAUCAGGAGCCGGCUCAUGAGCAAGGAGAGCGGCUCGUCAGUCAAGGAGUGACAGGAAAGCCAGCUGAAAAAAACUCAGAUAUUUCAUAGGAGAUCUGGGACUGUUCUGGGAUACUCAAUUACCAACUCCGUUGUGGAAGAUCCUGCCAGUGCAGGGGAGUUUUGUGGCAGUGAAAAUCUUUGAUACACAGAAGAUAAAACUCUGUCUAUGACUGGUGUGUUGGAAUCUGAUGAGAGACCCAGCUGGCGGGACCCUUCCCACCCCUGGGCCACCCACGCCUGACCUGGCUGGACUAGAAAACAUAGAGGAGGGAGAGACAAAGCUUUUGCUAGGAAGUGGUGGAAAAGUCCCAGGGGCUUUUCUUCUAUUUUCCCAGCUCCAUGGCUCUAGGAUGAAGCCAAAGACAAUCCCACAUCCAUACACUGACAUCUGCUGAAGUGUCUUCUCUGGUAAAACCACACAAGAACAUAAAAAUGGCCAGUAAUCAUAAGAGAGAACUGGGGCUGUGGACAGGUGGAGGUGUUGAACUGGCUCCAGCCCACUCCUGGCUUUGUGUGCAUCCCACUGCUCACCACCUCUGCUUCACCCUUCCCACACUCACCUUCCCACUCCCCUCCUCCAUUUCCUCCUCAUCCACCUCUGUUUGCUCCUUAAUUGCUGACACAUCCUAUAACUUGCACAUACAGCUGGUGCAAGAUCCCCUGAAAGACAAGUCUCCUCCAGCACCCCAGAGAGUGGCACCUUCCCUUGCUCCAAGUGACUUUCUUCCCCUGUUGGCAAGGGGGGCAUCAGGACAUGUUCUUCACCUUUGGACCCCAGGGGCAGGACCACGGUGGUCCUGCCAUUCGUGCAGGUGGAUUUAUUGAUGGUGGUGGUACCACUCAGGUCCUCACUCUCUUCUGUGUGGGGCAUCUUGGGCCAGAGGUGCCUGAGGUGAAUCUGCCUCAUAAAACCUCAGCUCAACGGGUUCAAUUGAUGCAGCUUUUUAAAAAAGAGGUCCUUGCCAAGGUGAUUCCACUAACAGAGCACAGCCUAAGUUCAUAAAUUAUUGUGGGUUUUUUCCACCAGCUCCUGUCAUGAUCCUAAUGUUUACAUUUUUAUGUAGCUGUGCAAAGCAGUGACAAGGGGGGAUGUCAUUUACCCCUUACAUUAAAUUAG